AAUGUUUCUGGUUUUGUCUUAAAAGGUAAAGCAACAAAAGGAAAGGGUUUCCGUAUUUCCUUUUUUCUUCUUCUGCAUUGAAGCUUGAAGAGGUUCGCAAACACCGAUAAGAGAAAAAGCUAGCUCCUCGAACUGAACUAGAAGCAGAUGCAACCGACGCCUGGUGGAAGCGGCAGCUCUAGUGGUGGUGGUGAAUUGAGUCGAGGUGGACUCGCUCGGUACCGCUCGGCUCCAGCCACCUGGUUAGAAGCACUUCUUGAGGAAGAAGAAGAGGACCCUUUAAAGCCUAACCAGUGCUUGACACAGCUGCUCACUGCCAAUUCAACAGCACCCGCCACUAGAGAUUCAGGGCCUUUCUCCAGCUCAGCUGAUCCAGCUGGGUUGUUUGAACCUACUGGCUUUCAGAGGCAAAACAGUUCUCCGGCUGAUUUUCUUGGGAAUAAUUCCGGUGCUGCCUCUGAUGCCUACUUCACAAACUUUGGAAUUCCUGCAAAUUAUGACUAUUUAUCAACAAACAUCGAUGCUUCUCCCUCGAGUAAGCGGGCUAGAGAACUUGAUACGCAGUACCCGCCAACAAAGUUUCAGUCUCAGUUGAAAGGAGAGCAACGUGGUCAGAUUUCUAGUGGGGUAUCCAAUUUGAUAGAUAUGGAUAUGGAGAAGCUUUUGGAGGAUUCAGUACCGUGCAGGGUCCGUGCCAAGCGUGGCUGUGCAACUCAUCCUCGGAGCAUUGCAGAAAGGGUUCGUAGAACACGAAUCAGUGACCGUAUCAGAAAGCUUCAGGAGCUUGUGCCCAACAUGGAUAAGCAAACAAACACUGCUGACAUGCUAGAUGAGGCAGUAGAAUACGUUAAAUAUCUUCAGAAGCAGAUUGAGGAACUCACAGAGCAUCAAAGGAAAUGCAAAUGCAAAACUAAAGAGUGACUGGAAGAGGGUACCUAAAUAUUGGCUACCCAGAGCCUAGUGUAAUUAUCAGCUUUAUAAACAUCCAGUCAAAGUACAUUAUGGUUGUUUUCUGAUAAAGUUGCCUCAUAGAUCCAUAUUGUAAUUACAAGAUUUACCACCUACCAUGUUGCAUUCUUCUGCAAUACCUAGAUAUGGCUGCUCCUGAAGCUACAAUAAUUAUAGAGUUCAUGAUCAGGACCUCUUCUUCACUUUUGCUAGUACUGCUUCUCAGAUAUCACUUGGUAUAAUUGUAGUUGUACAAUAUUGUAGACAAUAAAAUUUUUUUUAAUUGACUUCUUAGCUAUUAUUUUUAUUAAGAUAUUUGUUUCUCAUAAUUCUUAUUGUGUAUCUAGAUAAUAAUAUUCAAUGAAAUUCCCAUUUACAUUUUAAGAA